AUCGACCGCUGUUUCAACAGUUUCGGGCCAAAAAUUAUUUCAUCCGUUUUCAAAUACUGUGUGUUCAAGGAUGCGUUCAUAAUUUCAAACAAAGAUGAGUUGUAUAACAUGUGAAUUCAUAGUACGGAGCUGUUGACGUAUGUAUACACUUAUGUAGAAAUACGUUCUUAGAGCACUUUACUGACUUAUCGCAGAUAAAACAAAUUGCAGAUGAAGCACUCAUUAGCCACAUAUUUACUUUUCCUCGCGCUACUCAAAAAUAUCAGCGCCUUAAAUGGAGCAUGGCGCUGGGAAUGCAAGAGCAACUACUGCCAGAAGGCCCCCAUUACCCCCGACACUGAAGCCACAGGUUUGAGUCUCCCCGCAUGUCGUCUGUUUUGCUCCGAAGCCGCAGCCCUUUGGCCCAAACCCACCGGCGAAGUCCACGUAGGGACCACCCUGGUCAAAGUCAAUAUCAACAGUAUAAACACAGGGGGGCUUACUUUUGAAACAGCAGCGCAUAAAAUCAUGGCGGGGGCGACAAAACGGUUCAGAAACCAAAUCGAAGCUCUGGUGCCCCGAAAACUGAGACUUGCAGAUGGGGGAAAAACGCUGGAAAUUAAUUACAAGCUUAUCGACCCCGAUCUUAAGGAACUCAACCUAGAUACGAAAGAAUCCUACGCUUUGACGGUCGCUGAGACGGCCGAUGGGCGUCUGAACGCCACAAUCAUCGCUGAUAAUGUCUUCGGGGGGCGGCACGGGCUGGAGACUCUGAACCAAUUGAUCAUUUACGAUGAUCUCAGGGACCAGCUUUUGAUGCCCAACGAUGUGAGUAUUACCGACGAGCCGGCGUAUCAGUACAGAGGGAUAGCUCUGGAUACUUCCCGGAAUUUCGUCACUGUUGAUGUUAUAAAGAGAACACUUGACGGGAUGGCCGCUUCGAAACUGAACAGUUUCCACUGGCAUAUCACGGAUAGUCAUAGCUUUCCCUUUACUGCUGAAAGUUUGCCAGAUUUGACCAAAUACGGGGCGUAUUCGCCCAAGAAGGUUUACGCUCCGGAAGAAGUGGCUGAAAUUGUGGAAUAUGGUCUGGAGAGGGGUGUUAGGGUUAUUCCGGAAUUUGACGCCCCAGCUCACGUUGGUGAGGGGUGGCAGAACACGGAUUUCGUGGUCUGUUUUAACGCCAAGCCCUGGUCGAACUACUGUGUGGAGCCGCCGUGUGGCCAGCUGGACCCCACCAAAGAGAAGCUGUACGACGCUAUUGAAGCUUUAUACGGCGACAUGUUGAAGCAAUUCAAACCCCCUCUCUUCCAUAUGGGUGGCGACGAGGUCCACCUGGGCUGCUGGAACUCCACUCCCAGCAUCGUGCAAUGGAUGCAAGACCAAAAGGGUUGGGGCCGCUCUGAGGGAGAUUUCAUCAAGCUUUGGGACAUGUUCCAGAACGAAUCCUUGACUCGUUUAUACAAAAAAGCAGGGAAAGAAAUUCCUGUCAUUUUGUGGACGAGUACUUUGACUCAGAAAGAGUAUCUCGAGAAUUUACCUAGCGAUAAAUACAUUAUUCAAAUAUGGACGACUGGGAGCGACCCACAAGUCAGAAAUUUGCUCGAUAAUGGCUACAGAGUUAUUUUGAGUAAUUAUGACGCUCUCUAUUUUGACUGCGGCUUCGCCGGCUGGGUCACCGAUGGUAAUAACUGGUGCUCGCCAUAUAUCGGAUGGCAGAAAGUCUACGAGAAUAAACCAGCCAAAAUCGCCGGCGAUAAAAAGGGGCAAGUUUUGGGGGCCGAAGCCGCUCUUUGGACCGAACAGGCCGAUAGUGCGAGUGUUGAUACUCGGCUGUGGCCGCGAGCGGCGGCUUUAGGUGAAGUACUCUGGAGUGAACCCACGAAUACAUGGAGAGAAGCCGAGCAAAGAAUUUUGGUGCAAAGGGAAAGACUGAUUAGUUUGGGCAUAAAUUCGGACGCUCUUGAACCCGAAUGGUGUUGGCAAAAUGAAGAAAAUUGUCCCAUUGGUGAAGACGCCAACGAUGAAGAUGACCCUAAUUCAGGGAAUGCAUCAGAAAAUUCAAUAACCAUAUUGCUUUUAGUUGUGACUGUUAUAUUUUUAAGCAUUAAUAACAAUAACUAAAGUUAGGGUAAGUGAAAAUAAAUUCAUGAUACUACCACAACUGACUUUUAUUAUUUAUUUACACUCUCAGAACAGAGUCAGAUUUAAAAUGAAAAAAGUGACAAUUCAAGCCCCCAUUAGACUCAUCACAUAGUAAGCUCCAUAAUCGCGUUGACUAUAUCAUUAGAAUUAUUUUUGAGUGCUUUUAUGGCCCUUGCUCUACUAACAUUCGCUUGGGACAUAACUAAUUCGACAUCUUUUUCUUCAACACCAGUCUCAUCAACCUCUUCAUCCUCAGACUCUUCAGCAAUUGGUGCAACAGACGUGGGGUUUCCAGACGCUCCCUCCCCAGCAGGAUUAACUUCCUUGAAUUUCUCAGCAGCAGCGACUUGCGCCUGCUGAGACAGAUCCUCUAUUUUAGCUUCACCAAACACGAUAUAAGUAUCACUGACAGGAUUCUUGUACACAUCUGGCUUGUUUAUAACGAAAAGGAUAUUUUUUGAUUUGCGAAUAGUCACCCUGUUCACCCCAGUCACCUGAAACAAGCAGACAAUUGAAUACCCGCCCUUUAGACCAAUAACUUAAAAAAUGUCAAAAAUAAGGUCAGUCUGCCAAGAAAUUAAUCACGAAUUGCAAUAA